AUGACUUCGAUCAAGAAGACUGGAAAGGUGGUCUGCAUUGGCCGCAACUAUGCGGACCACAUCACGGAGCUGAACAGCGCUCGCCCGAAGCAGCCCUUCUUCUUCCAGAAGCCGACUUCGACCAUCCUUCUUCCUGGAGAAGGCCCGGUGAUCCGCCCUCGGGGCGUGAACCUGCACUAUGAGGUCGAGCUCGCCCUUAUCCUGGGCAAGCGGGUGAGGGAUCUCAGCGCGCAGGACGAACAGGGGGCGCUGGACGCCAUUGAGAGCUACGCCCUCAGCAUCGACAUGACGGCACGCAAUGUCCAGAACGAGGCCAAGAAGAAGGGCCUGCCGUGGGACAUCAGCAAGGGUUUUGACACGUUCCUGCCCGUGAGCAACAUCAUCAGCAAGGCGUCCAUCCCGGACCCGCACAAGAUCGACCUGUACCUCAGCGUCAACGACAAGGUGGUGCAGAAUGACUCGACCGAGCUGAUGCUCUUCCGGAUCCCCAGGAUCCUGAGCGACAUCUCCAAGGUCAUGACCCUCGAGCCGGGCGACAUCAUCCUGACGGGCACCCCUAAGGGCGUUGGCCCCGUCGUGCCGGGAGAUGUCAUGCGGGCGGGUAUUAGAGUCGACGGCAAGGAGUUGGAGGAGGCCAAGAUCGAGGUCGCCGUGGAGGAGUCGACCAGCUCGUAUGAGUAUGCCGAGACGUGA